UGAUCUCAAUGUUGAAACCAAUAGUCAAACCAACAUUGAUCUCAAUAUUGAAACUAAUAUUAAUCUUAACAUUGAUCUUAAUGUUGAAACCAAUAUUGAAAUUAAUAUUAGUUCCAAUAUUGAAACUAAUAUU